AUGUGGGGAACCUCCAUCUUGCCGCUCGCCGCCUUGGCUGCUCUGCCGUGCGCCAAUGCCAUCACGCUGCACAAGCGGGACGAUCCGGCGGUCUUCGGGCUCCCAAUUGUACGCAGUGAACGGUCCCAAGCUUUACAGAAACGCAGUUCCAAAGUCGCCAGCACGGAUUUGUACAAUGUGCAAAAUAUGUAUUACAUGGUGAACAUCACCAUCGGCACUCCGGCUCAAAAUGUCUCCCUCAGUCUCGAUACCGGCAGCAGUGAUAUCUGGGUUAACGUCCCGAAUUCCACCUACUGUGCGGCAGAUGAUGAUCCCUGCUCCUCGACCGGCUUGUUCAAUCUGAAAGACUCCUCCACGUUCAAAAUGCUAGACUAUGAGAUGAACGCUACCUAUGUCUCUGAAUUCUUAGCGGCAGGUCCCUACGCUACCGACACGCUGGUGAUUGGAGGCGCCGCGGUGAAGAAUAUGGAGUUUGCAUUGGCUGAAGAAAGUAGAAAUCCCCAUGGUAUUCUGGGAAUCGGAUAUGCCGCGAGUACGAAUGCCGCCGGCAAUCUCGGCAAAGAAUACGCCAACCUUCCGGAAGCGCUGGUCAGUAGCGGUGCUAUCAAGUCACCCGCCUAUAGCCUGUGGUUGAAUAAAUUUGAUGGCACUGGGAACCUUCUUUUCGGGGGUGUCAACAAAGCGAGAUAUGAAGGCGAGCUGCAAACCGUGCCUGUCUUGCCGUUAUAUGGCAAGUACUAUUCUCUGGACAUCGCCUUGACAGAUAUUUCUGUGAAGAGCACCAGUGGCACUAAGAGUUUUGCAUCGGGACUUCCCUUGGCCGUCAGCUUGGAUAAUGGGAGCCCUUUUAUCGUGCUGCCCCAAGAUAUGGUGGACCCCAUCUACAAGGAAUUCGGCGCGGGUUAUUCCUCGACCGCCAGCGCCGCCUAUAUCCCCUGCAACAUGGCCAAGGCCGAUUACAAUGUGACCUUCGGCUUCUCGGGCGCCACGAUCACGAUUCCCAUCAGCGAACUGGUUUUUGAAAACUACACCGAGAAAGGGUUCUCUAAAGAUGACUGCAUCUUCGGGAUCUCCUACAGUGAGCCCGGAGUGAAUCUGAUGGGUGACGUGUUCUUGCGUGGCGCCUACGUGGUCUACGAUCUCGCCAAUAACGAGAUUUCACUGGCGAAUACCAACUACGACGGGGGCGAUGAUGAUAUUCUUGAGAUCGGCACGGGAACAGCUGCGGUGCCGGGCGCGACGCUGAUGCCCUCUGCAGUCACCUCGGCGACGGGUAAUGGGGCCAGUCAAACCAUUGCGGCCUCAGCCUCUUUGGGACCCGAGACGGGUGGAACCACCACAGCAUAUGUCACUGGCACUGCGACUGUAACGACCAAGAGUGGUGGUGCUACUAGCACCUCCUCCAAGGGACUGGCAGCGUUGCCCACCAGCAAGCCGAACCAUCUUCUGCCCGGUAUCUUGGGCGCUGGCUUGCUGCUGGCAUUGUAG